GCUGUGCCAGGAACCAACAAUGUAUCACUUUUCUAUCUAUCGAGUGGCGUAUCGAGCUAUCGAAUACGUCGUCUCCCUGUCCCAUCGAUAAGCAGAACGCCUAUCUGGCAUCCCCUAUUUCGGGAACGGCUGACCCAAGGGCGUGGCUUUCCGCCAAAAAUCCGCCAAAAUGGUGAUCGACAAGCUCCCUGUGAAGCCUCUUUCCGAGUCCCAACUCUCUGCCCCUUACCAGUCCUCUGUCACGCCAGCUACCGCCCUCAUUAUCGUCCUCACCCUCGCGUUAGCACAAUCCCGUAGCCCAAACUCCGGCCCGGCGAAAUUGCUGCUACCAACUUUAUUUGCCGAUGCGACGUCGCGAUGCAGCGCGUUUCCCCGCCCUCCACCCGCUCCAAGAUCACCGAGGAUCCCAUAUGACGACAUGACCCAACCUUCAACCACCAAAUCUCAAGCUUCUCAAGCUCAACCCGUUAUCUCACCUCUCCCCCAGACCCUGCUGACCCCAUGUACGCUUCAUCUAUCCCCCGCACCCGCCGUCUUGGCACUCGGCCAGUGGAAAGAAGGACCCUCCGGCGCUGCACCACAGCCCCGCGCUCUUCGGCCCGUUUCUAGGAUCUGGAGAACUCUCGGGCCUCGUGCUCCUUCGACGCCUUCCGGGAGACCAUCAGCUGGUGGGAAUAGUCAUCGUCAGGUUGCAAUUCUCCGUUUUCCCGCAGCUAAAAGCAAAGACGGAAGCAACGUCGUAUGAGGGGCAUCAUGCAUCCCCUCACGUAAAUGCACCCACAGCUUCCCACUCAUCAGUGUUGGCUCGGCCUUGGCCUUGGCCAUCGUGGUCUAACGGAGUGGCCGAAGGUAUCAGAGGUACAGGAAUACAGAGAU